AUGGCAAGUAAACGAAAAUCAACUACCCCGUGCAUGGUCCUAGCAAGCGAGCAGGAUCCAGACUUAGAAAUGAUAUCAGAUUUGGAUGAAGGACCUCCUCUACUUACACCAGCAGAGAAUGCUACAGCUGAGAGUAUAUCAAGUGAUGAAGACAUUCAAGAAUAUAUGGAUUCAGACAAUCAGCAAAAUAAAAAAGUUGAAGGUGGCUAUGAAUGUAAAUACUGUACAUUUCAGACACCAGAUCUAAAUAUGUUUACUUUUCAUGUUGAUUCAGAACACCCUAAUGUAGUAUUAAAUUCAUCCUAUGUCUGCGUGGAAUGCAAUUUUCUUACCAAAAGGUAUGAUGCUCUUUCAGAGCACAAUCUGAAGUACCACCCCGGAGAAGAGAAUUUUAAACUGACCAUGGUGAAACGUAAUAAUCAGACAAUCUUUGAGCAAACAGUGAACGAUCUCACUUUUGAUGGGAGUUUUGUGAAAGAGGAGAAUGCUGAGCAAUCCAACACCUCAGAGAUCCCCUCAUCAGGAAUCUCAAUUAGCAAAACCCCUAUUAUGAAAAUGAAAAACAAAACUGAGACUAAACGAAUUGCUGUUUUCCACAAUGUAGCUGAAGACAUUCCUGGUGAAGAAAAGGAAACUGAAAAUGAGCCAGACUGUGAGGAAGUAGUCGAAACCCCACAAUCAGCAGUUUCCGAGUCCAAAAUGAACAAUCCAGCUGCUUGCAGUGCAGCAGAUACAACUAGCACCGUAAUGACUCCAGCGCCAGUGAUUCAACCUGGGGUGGCACAGGUAAUAACUACUGUCACAGCUCCACAGAACUCUAACUUGAUUCCAAAAGUCUUAAUACCUGUAAACAGCAUUCCAACCUACAACACUUCUUUGGAUAACAAUCCUCUUCUGCUCAACACCUAUAAAAAAUUUCCCUAUCCAACCAUGUCAGAAAUCACCGUUCUCUCUGCUCAAGCUAAAUAUACCGAGGAGCAGAUUAAAAUAUGGUUUUCUGCCCAACGUCUGAAACAUGGUGUGAGCUGGACGCCAGAGGAAGUGGAAGAAGCGAGGAGGAAGCAAUUUAAUGGCACUGUGCAUACUGUACCACAGACAAUUACGGUUAUUCCAGCACACAUUUCAGCAGCUGGCAAUGGUUUGCCAUCCAUCUUGCAGACAUGCCAAAUAGUUGGUCAGCCAGGUCUUGUCCUCACUCAAGUCGCAGGUACAAACACUUUGCCAGUAACAGCCCCUAUAGCUCUGACAGUAGCAGGAGUCCCAAAUCAGACACAAUUACAGAAGAGCCAGAUCCAUACCGCCCAGCCUGUUGCAGAAACCAAGCAAGUAGCUGCCAUUCCAGCCCCUCAGCUUAUCAAACACGAAACCACAUUAGUAAAUCCGGAUUCAUUCGGCAUCCGUGCAAAGAAGACGAAAGAACAGUUGGCAGAAUUAAAAGUCAGCUACCUUAAAAAUCAGUUCCCUCAUGAUUCAGAGAUUAUUAGGCUCAUGAAAAUAACAGGCCUGACCAAAGGAGAAAUCAAAAAGUGGUUCAGUGAUACACGAUACAACCAGAGAAACUCAAAAAAUAAUCAUGGCAUUCAUCUCAACAACGAUUCUUCCACCACCAUUAUUAUUGAUUCAAGUGAUGAAACAAAUGAGUCCCCAACAGUAGUCACGCCACAGCAUAAGCAGUCGUGGAAUGCUUUCCCUGAUUUCACCCCACAGAAAUUCAAAGAAAAGACUGCUGAACAGUUGCACAACCUCCAAGCAAGUUUUCUCAAUAACCCUGUCCUGACAGACGAAGAGCUGAAUAGGUUAAGGACACAGACUAAACUGACCAGAAGAGAGAUCAAUGCCUGGUUUACAGAGAGAAAGAAAACAAAUGCUUUAAAGGAAGAAGAAGCUGAGUUAAAAGAGAGCAAUGCAAGCGGCUCAAAAGAUGAGGCUGGAGAAACUUCUCAGGGAGAGGGAUCUGUAUGGCUAAGAUCAGGGGGUUCUGCAAGCAAGGUGGGUAAAAAGUCACCAGAGCAGUUACAUAUGCUUAAAAGUUCAUUUGUCCGUACUCAGUGGCCAUCCCCACAAGAAUACGACAAACUGGCAGAAGAAACUGGCCUUCCGAGAUCGGACAUUGUUAGCUGGUUUGGAGAUACUCGUUAUGCCUGGAAAAAUGGUGGUUUGAAAUGGUACUAUUACUACCAGGGUUCCAGUGGGAAUUGUAUGAAUGGUCAAGCCUUUGUCAGAAGGAGGGGGAGAGGGAGACCGAAAGGAAGGGGAAGAGGAAGGCCUCGUGGGCGGCCUCGGGGAAGCAAAAGGAUAAACAACUGGGACAGAGGAUCCUCCGUCAUCAAAUUCAAAACUGGAACAGCAAUCCUUAAGGAUUAUUAUAUGAAGCACAAAUUCCUCAACGAGCAAGACCUUGAUGAACUUGUAGCCAGAUCUCACAUGGGAUAUGAGCAGGUCAGAGAGUGGUUUGCAGAAAGGCAAAGAAGAUCAGAGCUAGGCAUAGAGCUGUUUGAGGAGAAUGAGGAUGAAGAAGAAAUGCUGGAUGAUCAGGAAGAGGAGGAAGAAACGGAUGAUAGUGACACUUGGGAACCCCCCCGACAUGUUAAGCGUAAACUCUCUAAAUCAGAUUGA